AACGGCUGAGUUGCAUCCAUCUAGAAAGAUGUCUCAUACAUGAGGAAGUAAGUACCGAGCAGAAAUGUCGUCCCCCAGAAAGGUCGAAUCGCAAGCCUAUAUUCACCGCCUCCCACUCGAGCUCCUCCAUGAAAUCUUCACCCAAGGCCUCCGGCCCGAGGACUUUCACGCCUGCCGGCGAACAUGUCGCGGCUGGAUGGCAGCUACCGAAGAAGCGUCACUGUUCCGCCGGCAUUGCGGGGAAAUCGUUGUUGCACAGGAGAAAAGCCCACUCUCCCAACUGAAGCCGCAGCUCUUCGCCGUGAUCACUCGGGACCUAAACUUCUACCAGAAGUGCUUGCAGGGACUCGCACCCUUCUACCGGUCGAUCAUAGCGCUGCCUUUCGUUCCGCCGGAGGGACAAACACCCAUGCCGGCACUACAACGGGUAGAUAUCUUCCUCUCCAAAACCGGCGACCACUUUGCGCGACGAGGAUCAAUAUCUGAGGAUUUCCCUACGGCAAGCGUGUCAGAAGUAUCAAUAUUCGAGACAUUCUCUUUCGCGUCUUCUGGCAGCAAAAUCUGCCAAGUCUCUACAGCGCCGAUAGAAUGUUACGACGGCAUCACAGAGAUUCCCCGCUUGACGGCUUUCUACGCACAGGACAUCGUCCACCCGAGAUGGCCGCGGCAUUGGAAUGUGACGUUUGUCGGCGUGUUAUUGGGAGAGGAUGGGAGUGCGAAUGUGCUCAUCAAGCAGUCGUAUCUGAGGCCAUCUUCUACCCUAGAAUUACGUUGUGAUAUCAGGGAGCCGUGCAUGAAUAUUCACACGCAAGAGCGCGCUGCGCACACGCGGAAGGUCAUUGACGUGGCGAUAUCGCCGGUGGGAGCUCAGGUGGCUUUCCUGUGUGAGGCUGGAGCGGUCGUUUACCACUUGGAAUCCGGCAGCAGUGGCUGUGGGAGUACGGUCCCUCUCCUCCGGGCGAACCAUACCCUGUGGAUUCCAACGGCCACUCCCCUCCGCACCAUCUUUUACUCCCAAAUCUACCCGAUUCCCCCGAUCACCUCAUGCGUCCCAUUGAUCCUCCCUGGCUCAGAUACCCUCCUGGUCCCCUGGUCUUCCGAAAGGCAGUCCAUCCCAGAGCACCUCCAACUCUCCCCUUUAUUCGGCGCACCCCACGUGAUCUCCAUAGAUCACAGCUAUCCGCAUAGCCCGACCUCGCCCGCGGAAACAGCCUAUAUCCUUCACCACCACGACAGCCAGAAGCUAACAGUCGUCCUCUCCACCUCCCUCGCCAGUGGUUACCCACCACGAUACCCCGAAGCCCAAUGGCGCCUGAAAGCCGAUGAGGAGAUCUCCGAGGCCGGCUCGUUCCUGGAGCUUUCUCCGCCGUCGAACGAAGAAGACUCGACCAUCCGUGAUAUCGUCAGCACGACAUGGGGAUCCGGCACGCAGGAGCACGCCGACUACAGCAGCUACUUCGUAGCCGUCCGCUAUCGGCGCCCCGGCUCCACGACGGAUAGAAUCUACAUCUACUACUUCAAGCUGAAACGCACAGCUCUGUGCUUUGAGCCGGAUAGUGCAGCUUCAUGCUUCUGCGUUAGCGCGAACAGCAGCAGCGACGGUACUCACAUCAAGGCGGUGUUUGUGGGUGAAGAGGAGAACGUCGUGAAGAUGGCUUUUGCGAGUGGCGUUAGGAGAGACCGCAGGGGUGGGGGCUGCUUUCUGCUGCGGAGGGCGCUGGUGGUCGAGAGAUGGGAUGGGACCGUCGUCCAUUGGAUGAUGAACACAAGGCAGAAGGGGACGAAGGAUGAAUUUGCUUGACCGUAUAUUUGAAGUAUGUAUCAAGAAGGAAAGGGAAGGGAAGAGUCGAGGAAGGGGCGCUGGAUUCUGCGAGAAGUAAUGGAAGACCGGAUAGUGAUUUACAUGUUUUGCGUAGUAUUAGUCUAAUUUUCAAGAGAAAGUGCACCAUUGUUAGUCGAGAC